AUGUCUUCCUAAGAUGAAGAAAUUCAAGAGAUGAUUAAGAGAUAUGACAAUCUUGAAAAGCAUAAUCACUAAUUGUAAACUUAAAAUUCUAAUCUGAUGGAUUACUUAUAAACAAUUUAACAAGUAUACAAUAUCAUUAUAUUCUUAAGAAUGUACAAUAACUCGAAAAAGAAAACAAUGAACUCAUUGAUUAAAUUGAUAAUUUAAAAAAUGAUUUACGAACUCAAUUUUCCUUGAGUCAAAGUUUAAGAUAAGAAAAUGAAUUCUUCGAAAAUUAAUUAUAAGAUUAUAGAAAAGAAAUGGAAUAAGGAGGUUAAUUCUACAAUAAAUUACUAGAAGAAAAUGAUCAAUAUAGAAUUCAUAUCUAACAAAAAAAUUAAUAAAUUGAAUACUUAACUUAAGAAAAUAAUAUGUAUAAGGAUUAAAUGCAAUAAUUAUAAGAGGAAAAUUAAUAAAUUACAUAAGAGUUAUCUAAUUUAUAGGAAUUACUUAAUCAAAAUGAACUUUAUCAUUAAGAUCCCAUAAAUGUCUAAAACUCCGAUUAAAAAAAAAAUAAAAAAUAAAAUAGAAGAUAAAUUAAAGAAUUAGAGAGAUUAGUAAUUAAAAGAGAAUAGGAAUUAAGUCAUUUAUAUGGUAAAAUGGAAGAUAUGAAAAAUUAUGUUACACAAAUUAAGCAUUAAUCUGAUAAAUAUGAAUAAAACUUAUAACAACUAUAUAAAGAUUAUUAAUCAAUAGAAGCAGAAAGGAAUAAAUAUGCUCAUAAAAUUGAUUAAAUGUAAAAUUAUAAUGAAAGAUACUCUAAUUUAUAAUAAUAGUUAUCAAAUUAAGAUAAACAUAAAAAUAAAGAAUUUAAUUCAUUAAAAAAUUAGUUUGAUCAAUUAUAGAUGCAUAAUUUACAAUAUUAAUAAUAAAUAUAAAGUAUUAAUGAUGAAUAUGGAAAAUUAUCUUAAUAAUGUAUAGAUUUAUAAGAAUUAAAUGAGCAAUAUAUGCAAGAAUCUUAAAUUUUAAAAGAUACUUUGAUUGAGAAAGAUCAGAAGCUAGAAAAAAUGUAAUUACAACUAUAACAACUAUAAUAGAAAGAUCUUUAAAUUUAAUAAUAAAUGAGAGAUCAAAAUUAGUAAAUUAAAGAAUUCUAAAAUAACAAAUAGGAAUUGUAAAGUUAAAUAAUUUAAUUAUAACGUGACAAUUAAUAAUUUUGUAAUUAAAUAAAUACUUUGAAAGAGUAAUCAGCUAAAGAUUCAAAGGAUCAUCUCAAUAUAUUUGAGUAAUACAAAAAGGAUAAACAAACUUUAAUAGAUAGAAUAAAGAUUCAAGAUGAAAAGUAUUCAGAUAUGGAAACUAAGUAUAAAAAUAUUGAAUUAUAUUUAAAAUAAGUUGAAGAAGAAAGAUUGUAUAGAGUUUAGGCAGAAUAGUAAAAUAUUUUAUAUUUUAGAUCUUUUGAAGAAGUUUCCUAAUAAUGUAUGUAAUUAUAAGAUUAAAAUAGAGAUCUACUUAGAUAAGUAGCUAACCUUGAAAAUGAAUUAUAAAGAAAUGAAGAAGAAUUAAAAUAGUUAAAAAAAAACAAUAAAAGGUAUUUAUAUAGAUUAAUACAAGUUCUUAGAAUUUUGAUAAAACAACUUAGUAGUUGAUUCUAAAAGAUAGAGAAAUUUUACAUCUUUAAUCAGUUGUAGAAAGAUUAGAGGGUAUGAAUAGAUAACUCUAAUAAGAAUGUGAUAGAUUAGCUGCUAAAAUUUAAUUAACUUCUCAUGAAAAUUCAUUAUUAAGUAAAACUAAUAGAGAAAUCAAUUAAAUGGGUCGUUUAAUUUUAGAAGGUUAAUAAAUAAAAGACAUGUUAGAAAAGAAAAAGUAUGAAAAACCUUUAACAAUUACUAAUAAUAAAGCACCUUAAGUUAUUUAAUAAUUAUAAUAACAUAGUAGAAGACCUUCUGUUAAAAAAUCUUGA